AUGUUCAUAAAUACUCUUGUCGAAGGAAAAAUCCUAGUAAAAGUGUUAAUUGAUACAACAUCUAAAUAUAAUAUUAUUAGCAAACAAUUAUUUAAUAAGCUUGAAUCUAAUCACGGAUUAGAAGCAAAAAUAAGCUUUGAACAUUCUUCCAAAACCCAUGUCUGCAAUGCUAAAAUUGUAAUAGAUGGUAUAAGUAUCCUGUUAUUCAAUGAAGAUUUUAACAAAGCCAGCUCAACUAAAAAUAAUUUAUCUAAAUCAAUAGAAUCUAAACCUAGUCUAGCUCAAGAGGAGAGUAAGAAAAAUAAUGUCAAAUAUUUCACAGAUACUUCUUCUAAUUCAGACACUUCAGACAGCGAUUCAAGUAAUUCUUCUACAUCUAGUUUAGAAAUAGAAGUUAUAUAUACGUAUAAGACUAGAGAAGUAAAGAAACGCCCUAUUCGAAAGCGUAAAUAUGAAAUGAUAAGAAAAAUUUUUAUCAUUAACCAACUCAUCAUAACUUAUACUAUGAGUAACGAACCACUUAGCAAAGGAAAACUUACCAAAAAAUACCCCAAACAAGCAGAAUUAUUAAAAGCCUUAGGAAUAAAUAUCUUAAAAGGUCAUAUAAACUCUCUCGCAAAUAAUGAAGGAAUAGCAUUAGCUGAAGUUCAGGAUAUAGAUAUAUUAGAGGCAGUAGAAGAUAAAGGUGAAGAAACCUCUAAUCUAACAGAGGCAGUAAGUAAGUUAUCUGUAGAUGAUGAAGGAGUUAAAGAAAUAAAAAAUGAUAACAGUAGAUACAAUGAUCAACAAGCUAGAGAGUUAGUAUAUGGCAAAGUCACAACUAAUCUUCCAGGAUUUACAAGAGAUAGUUUGUGUAAAAAAACUGCAAAGACUAGAAAUAUCUACAAGUUGUUUGGAGAAAGUUAUGACCCUGAUACCAAAAAAAUAGUUAAGAGGAUAGGAAUUGAAAAAAUUGAGCGAAUUCGAACAUAUA